AUGUCUGCGGGCAAGCCAAAAACAGCCAAUUAUAGAGGCCCGUUGGGCGUUCCGUACAGACCCGAUCUGGGCCUUGAGAAAUCCUCCCUAUCAAUGAGGCUCAUGCAUAGGCCCUCUCGGGCACAGAAAGAGCUCGAAAAAGCCAGCGACCCCACGAGAAAAAACUCACUUUUAAACUCGCUUUGUGCGCCCGAUCGGGACUCGGACUCAGAGCAGGUUUCUCCCCAAGAGGUCAGAUCACAUCUGAGUGUUUCUGAAGAUGCACUUUCCCUGGACUCGACUCCUUUGUGCCUGCCCCGCCAUAAUCUUGUUCGGAAGAAAUCAGGCGAAAUUGUCAAGCCUCUUUUGAAAGAUAAGACACUGCCCGUCAAUAUGCGCUCGCGGUCGCUCCCUUCGACCCCCACGUAUAAGCAGGUGCACUUUGGUGGCGACACUGAUGUGCGCUACUUCAAGAAAAAAGACAAACCUAAUGCCAUCCUGGCACAGAACUCCCCAAAACUGUAUGACGAAGAUGACGACGACGACGACGAAAACCACGAAAUCCCGAGCCUCGAAUUCGAAGGCGAUCUGCGCAUGCAGUCCUUAUUUAAUCCAAACCGAAAGAGCUAUUUCGAACAGCCCCAGCUGCCCAGUCCCAAGGACUGGCUGCUUGACCCUCUAAAUUUCUCUCCCCGCGAAAAUGCACUUACGUAUAUACGAAAAGGCAAGCAAGUCUUUUUGGAAAACAUCUUCCUUUCCGCCGACAAGCGAUACCUCUUGGGCCAGGUUGCAGUGCAAAACAUCGACUUUGAGAAAUCCGUCACUAUUCGCUACUCAGUCGACAAAUGGUGCACAAUAGUCGAGAUCCAGGCGAUCUAUAUACCCGAUAUUCCUCACAUUUUGAAGGCACACAACUAUGAUCGCUUUAUGUUUAAGAUCUCGUUGGACCUGUUCGUCAAUGGCUUCCACACAAGUGUGGACCCACUAUCCACAGCCCCACCCGACUUCCUGGCAGAAUUGUGUGUGAAGUAUCGUGUCAAUGGUCAAGAAUUGUGGGACAAUAAC